GAGCAUGACGUGGGGGAGGAUGACAUCUACGACUGUGUUCCCUGUGAGGACGAUGGAGAUGACAUCUACGAGGACAUCAUCAAGGUGGAAGUACGACAACCCAUGGUAAGAGCUUUGUGUGUGUGUGUGUGUGUUUGUGUAAUUCUCUGCUUGUCUCUCUAUCUGUGUACGUGGGUGUCUGUGUCCUCUCUGAUGCUCUCUAUCUGUCGGUGUGUGUUCUAUUCUGCUCUGCUCAUCUCUUAUGUUUUUCCCUUCCUUACGCUGCAGAUCAGAUACAUGCAGGUAAGUGCCCUGACUCACCGAUCUGUCAUCCAGCUCUGUCCAUCAGUCUGUCUGAGUCUGACAUGUCCCCACAACACCCUUCCCCUCAGAUGACCACACCAUUAGAUCAAUGGCACACAGCACAGGUCAAGAGAAUACCCCAUCUGCCCCUGUGUGUGUGACUCACCAUGACAUCACCAUAUCACCAUCAACACCAUGACAGUGACACUAUAUGACGUCAUCAAAAGAAGCCAGAUCAAACCCCAAUACAGCCUUCAUCAGUUCCUAUGUCAGCUCUGUAGCUGUGCUCUCCAGCAUGCCUGAUUGGGUGAUUGUUUUCUAAUACCCAGCUGGAUCUGGGCCACUGAGUCUCUAAUUGACUGUGGUUUGACUUGAUUACCCCCCUGUUGUAUUAUCAGAACUGUUUAUAAACAUUCAGUUCUGUUCCAGAUGACACAAUAGAAUGAUACUCCUCUCAACACAACAACCAAGACUGCUGACAGUUGCAGCCGCCCAAACAAUUGUGAUGGAGAUGAUGUGAGAGAUUUUGGCAGGGUCGUUUUAUCCGUCUGUUACAGUCGCAGAUGUUAUUUUUUUCACCGGUCUCUCACUUUUGCAUUGCAUUGUGAUUCACUGAACCGAUGCUGCUGGGCUAGCCAGCCUUCCCCUCCUCAGCGCCCCUACCUCCCCCCCAGCCGUAGGCCCCAUGAGAUGCUGGCCUCCCUCUGUUUGUUUUCCCUGUCCUCAUCCUCUCCCCCUCCCUAAUGGGGGGCCUGUUUGCGCUGCUAAAUGAAUCUGGAUGCCGUGGGCAGGGUGUUUGCCUUGGCUGGUCCACACUCCCUGGCCCCGCUCUGCUCUGCACUGUGCCUGGCCCCAGAUGUUCCCAAAGAUACAGAGCUGCAGACACAGAUGUUCAUUAGCACUUGCCUGUGAGCAAACCUGCCAGCACUGAACUCAUACAAAUCCCCCAGUUCCAGCGUUUAUGUCACCACUUCCCACAACACGGCCAAUCGGCUUGCGUUACACGACCGGGUCCCAGCAAUUACAGUUAAUCAGAAGUAUCAUAUUCUAUUGGAUCAUGUUGGAGGGAUGAGUGAGAAUUGGGCUCAUUUCAUUAAAAGUGCUCAUCAAAUUGAGUGGUUUGGAUGCAGUGCUGCAGGGCCUCUGGGUGUAGCUGGGUUCUGUUCUGGAAUCCCCCUGUCUGGUAAUGUUGACAGUCACACCUCCCUAUAAGCAUUGGUUACUGUACAUUGAUGAAUGUAACUCAAAGGGAAAAUACAUUGUGUCCUUUGUGUGUCCUUGUUACCUAAUGAAUUCCGCAGAUGUUGAUAUCUAUUUGGAUAAUGAUGAAUAUUGUACAUUCUAUCAUAUACAGUUUGCACAGUAUUUAUACAGUACAAUUUUCUAGCAUACAUCAAGCCAUAUGAUUGGUAAUAAUUAUAUUACAUGCCUAAAUAGCAGCCCUACACGUUUGAGACCCAUCAUUAGACAAUCAGACACAUGAACUACCUUGUCAGGGACGUGUAAUGACAUAAUGACAGCCCAGCAUCACUUUUCCUGUCGUUAAUUACCUCCACAGAAAAUGGGCAUGACAGAAGACGACAAGAGAAACUGCUGCUUAGUGGAGAUCCAGGAGACCGAGGCCAAGUACUACAAGACGCUGGAGGACAUUGAGAAGGUGGGUGAGGGACAGAGCUAGGGAAACGUGUGUGUGUGUGUGUGUGUGUGUGUGUGUGUGUACUUACGUUUAUGUACAUAUCUGCAUAUGUGUGUGUGUGUGCGGUGGCUGGCUGGCUUGCAGUGUUGGGUGUAGCUCGCUGCUAGAGCAGGUGUGUUUUGUCACAUCUCCUGUGUCAGGCCUCAGGAAGGGAGCGGUGUGGAAAUGUCAGCUAUUGGCAGGUUCAUUGGAGAGGACAAAUGUCUAUGGAGCAGAUCGAUAGGCUCAUUAUUGGCAUAGUCCCAUGGGAAGAGACUGAUCUCCAGGGCUCUAUGUGUACACACACAGACACACACAGUUCUCCCAGGGUUUUAAAUGAUGUCAGCGGUAAAACAGCAGCUUCUCCAUGAUGAGAAAGAGAUUAUUCUCAAUUUGAUGGACAGUUAGACAUGAUCCACUCCACUGGUUCCAUUACAUUAAGGGUGUGUUUGUGUUUGCUGAGCUAGACAAACAUGCAAUUAAACCAGAAUCACCUUCUUAUAAUCAGAGGAGUCGUUUGGGCUUGAUUGAGUUGGGGUUAAUAAAGCCAUCAUAUCUUCAUUACAUUUUAAUGGCUCUAUUUGUUAUCAUUAAGAUGAUGUAAUGUGACAAGCAUACAAUAACGUUAUUAAAACAACAGGGAAGGUUUGUGCCAGUGAACAUAAUCAGUGGUUCGUACUCACAGCACGUCAUGGGUACUUCAAAUAAAUGGGUACACGUGUAUGUAAGAUAAUGAUUAAGCUACUAACACCUAGCAGCAACACAUUAUAGUGAAGCCUGUUUUAUGAUCGAUUUUCCUGGCGCCCCCAGCGAAUGCUAUUGGAUUGAACUGCUGUUUAAUAUACAACUUAACACUACUACCGAUUUGUUUACAAUGUCAACAGGUUCAGUCAAUUAUGUUUGUACUUUAGGCCUACUGUAUAUUGCCAUAAAAGUUCUUUUAACUUCUCAAUUGUACUGUUUUGGUAUUCUACAGAAUUAUAUGAUCCCUUUGAAGCAAGUUCUCAGUCCACAAGACAUGGAGUCCAUCUUUGUAAAUCUCGAGGUGAGUACUGUUGAGUGUAAUCCUAGUGUCAGUAUGGAGCUGAUGGAGCUGUUGUGCUGGUGUGACCCAUGAUGACUAUGGUUGUGCUGUACCCCAUACAGGAUGUGAUUAAGGUCCACUUUGCUCUGCUGAGGGCCAUCGACCUCAACAUGGUGAGCGGAGGCAACGGUCUGGGGAAGAUCUUCAUAGACUUCAAGGAA